GCCUCGGUCCGACUCUGCAGGUCGAGGGCCGAAGGGUGCCCCGAGGCGGCCCGGUCACGGUCCGCAGGGCAGCCCGAGACAGGCCGCCGAGGCCCGAGCCCUGAAAGGGAGGAGGAGGAGGAGGAGGAGAAGGAGGGAGGAAAGGGAGGGAGGAGGAGGGACCCCGGGUUCACCCGUAGGAGACCGCGCAGCGUGGGCGUAGAGGAGACGCGCGGGGCAGAUUCAACAGAGGCGACACAUACACUGCACACACUGACACACAAGCGCUCUGACUUCGCACACACACAAACAUGCGCCGGCGCGUGGACAACCAGAAAACGAGCAAGCAGAAGUAAGAAAACAAACUAACUGUCGGAACAGCAGGUCUACCAAAAAAACGAACACACGGACCCUAAGCCGAAGUGUCAGUCGAUGUUGGCCAGGGUUCGAAUAUCUGCUGAAUGAUUGUGGGACACUGCGAUGGCGUAUGGCUUCUUUCGCCUCCACAUGCUGCAGUAGCUGUGCAGGCACUCUUUCGCGAAGGGUGCACGCCGUAUUGAAGCUCUGCGGCAUUCAAGUACAUGCUGGGCGCGAUGUCUCACCAGCCAUGAGUGACAGUGCCAUCGCAACUUCUACACAUCAGAGCUUGAUGAGAAGUCUUCAAGUCAUCAGGCGAUGGCAAGCAGAUCGAAUAACAAGAUCUGCAACCGCUCCUGCUUCAGUGCCAUAUGUCAGACUCGCUCUGGCCUCCGGUGAAUAUCAUAUUUUGCUGCAUCAGCCCAAGCUCAGCAUCGCUCUUAGCCGUGACAGUAUGAUUUAACAGAUUCGGGUCAGCAUGCACUGAUGCUUCUGGUAUGCGAAUGACAAAGUCUGACCAAGGUAUCACAUCCUCGAAAGGGUACCGUACAUCAUCGGAGACAACAACUGGGAUCGCUCCGACGUGAAUUGCCUGCAUGAAGCGCAUGCUCUCUGGCGUGUCGCCAGGAGGAACGACGACAAAUUUCGACAUAGACAUCCGUUCCAAGAGGUUCUCAACUGCUGCUAACUCACCAGAUGAGCGACGCUCAAACCACUCGAGAUUCGAGCUGGCAACCAACGGAAACGCAUCUUGCAUCCACAACCUGGAAGGCAUCAUUGAGCCAGUGAAGAAAACUGAUGUAUUACGCAUGGAUGGAGGCCUGACGUUCCCACUCACUGGUGGAAUGAAGUAUGGCACCUUGAUGGUGGAACGCAGAUCAUAUGCUCUGGGCCUCGCUACUUCUUCCAGGCACGCUCUCAUGGUGUGCCCCCACAUGUUCGGAAAUGCAUCGUCGAAGUGCGUGCUGGAAGGGAGCUUCGUGCAGCGGAGGCUGGUCACCAGGUGGUCCGUUCCAGAGAAGCGAUCCCAGUAGGGCCCAAUCGAACGUAGAAAGUCAACGAUCGCACUAUCGCGUCUCUUGCAAAAAUCGCAAUGACGCCCACGACGAUUGUGAAGGUACAUCUCCACAAGGAAGGCUGGCACCAAAAAGAGGUCGGCGUCCUCAGGGUUGUUAGUCAUGUUCAUCCCAUGCAGAUCUGACCACAACUUCAACUCAAAGAGAAAGUUUGUGUGAUCCCAGCAUCCAUGCGAUCCUUGAGCAGAAGGAAACGGGGCACUCGCAUCGGUCGACCCUUGCAGGAGACCCCCUGGAAACUCUACACUUGUAUCAGUGGCCGCCUCUUUGCAUAUAUCAAGAUCACCCCUGAGUUCGGCAGGCAAUCGGUACAUGUACACGCGGGGUGUAUCUGCCGCACAAUGUGGGCUCUCAGCAGAAGGCAUGUUGCCACGCAGACCCCCUACGCCUGUAUUAUUUCUUCGAUACCUUUCAAUCAUUCUCGGCUCCGAACCAUCAGUCCAUCCAGAGACAUGAGGAUCACGCACAUCCACCCCAGUGGCAGUGACUGAGGCAAUGAUGUGGUGCUGGCGCUCUGUCCGCACCAACGCCCCUGCAUCGACACGAUUCAAAAUGGCGGACAAUACCAAUAGAAUCGGCAGCGCAACAGUCGACAUGGAAUAUCAGAAUCGUAAGACGUGGUGCCAGAGACCCUGAGCUUUCUUUUGAGCCGAGCUUGCGCAGCAGAGCGUCG